AGGAACAAUGGAAUUCGUGAAAGGACUACGUCGCUUCAGGAUUUUCCAGCAUUCUCAAACGAAUCCCGCUGAAUUUCAUCGCCACGUGAUUGUGGCUCCAAACGCGGCCGCUCGCCUGGCCGGGUUGGACAUUUUCACGGAGGGUUACACAAUUUUCCAGUGGACGGUGUUUUUCGGCAUAUUUUUCAUUGGAGUUUAUUUGUUUAAUUGCGCGUUUACUGCGUACAAAGUACGGAAUAAUACGAAAGAUUUGAUCUUUUGCCUUGUAACUUUUGGAAUGGCUCCGCAUGAAUCGGUGAAAUUUUACACUUUUUUGUUUUUUCGUGAGGAAUUCCUAUGGAUGCAUCAGUACACGAUGAAUUUGUACCGCGAGGAGUGUUGCGAUCGUACCAUAAACAUGAUGAUGGACAAUAUUUUCUUGUUGAGUGUGAUUGUGAAAAUGAUGAUGAUUAGUUAUACUUUUUCUAUAAUUUCAAUUGACUUGUUUCCUCUAGCUUAUUCGUUGAUCACGGGAGAAAAGAUUUUUCCCUUUGGCAUUUAUAUUCCAUUUGUGGACCAUACUACUUGGUUUGGAUAUUUUGUUAAUUUUAUGCUGCAAGUGCUGCUGACUCUUUAUGUAAUAUCUGAGAGCAUGGGACCGGACAGCAUGUACAUGAUAACAAUGAUGAGCUCAUUUAUGCAAAUAGAUUUGCUAAUUUUGUCUCUCAAAGAUUUGAGUAACAAAAUUCUUGCAAAUGACCUUAAUGUUGAGCAAAAUUUGAAAAGCAUUAUCAAGCGUUACCAAGAACACGUAAAGUAUUUGGAAACCGUCGAAUCUGUGUACAGCAUAUUUUUCUUCGUUUCCUUCGUCAGUUUGGCCGCAACUCUUGUACUAGCAUUAUUUGCAGUAGUCACCCUCUCGUGGUACCAGGGAUACGUUUUCAUCGCCUUUAUCAGCUACGAACUUUUCUUCAGCUGCUUCCUGGGAACCAUACUGGCUGUGAAGAGUGAACAACUGCAGCUGGCAAUUUAUGAGGUGCCGUGGUACAAGCUGUCAUUACCGAACCAGCGAUCGAUGCAAAUUCUGCUGCAUGCGUCCCAAAAGCCCGUUUGUUUGACGCUGAUUUUCUACCCCAUCGAUAUGCCCACGUUUUUGCAAAUGUACAAAACAAUCUACAGCAUUUUUACCAUGCUGUUGACGGUUCGAGAGGAGUAGGGGAGGGAAUUUGUUAAAAUAUCAUUAAAAUACUGUUUUAUGUACACAAUGAAUGUUAAA